AUGAGCACCAUUGAUAUUAGCACAUCUUCUUCCAGCAUAGAAUUGCAGGAAAAUGAAAAUAUCAUUGAUAAAAGCAAAGCCACGCAUACAAAUAGUUCUGAUACAGAUGAAAAGCACUCAAAAAAUAGUUCAGAGCUAGAGCAAAGCAGUGAGCUUUGUACCAAAACAGAAAUCCAUCAAAAUGAAGUCAAUUCUUCUUUAAAUCGACCAAAAUUGAGCAUAAACAACUCUAAUGAUUCUUGCUUACUCGAAUUAAAAGAAAUAGAUCCAAAUAUUUCCGUAGAAAAUAAAAGUGAAAAAAAGCAUCGAAAGCAUAAAACAGAUUCAAAAGAAGACAUUUUUAAAAGGGUUACUGAUGAACACUGUUUACUUGAUACUGAUCUUAACGAGCAAUCCCUAUACAAUUGUGCUAAUCUUUGUAUUUUUCCUGAUUUAUUAAAAACUGAGACUGGCUCUUUCAAUUUAAGUCAGAGCACUCUGGCUUUUUCCAAGCUGUCAAGAUAUAUUAUAGAACAAGCCUAUAUGGAUAUCCUUAUAAAGUUUCAUAUAGAUAAAGUGAAAGAAAUUAUUUUAAGCAAUUUAUCAGACUCAAUAUCAAUAAAAUCAUAUACCAUAGCAUCCAGCCAAAUUGUAAAUGGAAAAGUCAAAAUAUCAACUCAUAACGAAUGGUGGACUUAUUUCAAGUCAUUUUAUGAUUUUUUUGAGGUUUUGGUAUUAAAACUGGAAGAAGUUUCGCAAAAUUCAGAAACUUAUAGCUCCUUGGAUCAGUCCAAUUUAGGAGCAGCAGAGCUUAUCAAUUCGCAGCUUCCAAAUAAGACAAGCCAGGAUUUACUUAACGUAGUGAUCGAUACCAACAUAAUCAAAGCUUUAGUGCAAAAAUUGUGUAGCGAUAUUGAAAAAGAGAGAAGGAUUGCUUUAAUAUUUAUUAAAUUUUUAUAUAGAAAAAUGCCCAGCAUCCAAACAAUCAUUUUAAAGCAGAUUGAGUAUAUUUUGUUGAAAAUUAUACAUGAAGAUCCAGAGUUAAAUGGAACUCACUCCCCGUUAAUUUUAAAAAAUAAAUAAAUAAAAAAUAUAAAUACUUUGAAUUUUAAUUUAUUUUUAUGGGGAUUACAUAAAAAGUUUAUCGAUUUAGUGAGAAAACUGAUUAAUACAUUCUGCUAUCACUUUGUCAUAAAACUUAAUUUUAUAAAAAUUAGUAUUUUCAUCUAAAAUUUUCUUACUCCCCCCCGUAAGUGAACAAAACCUAUUGGAAAAUCGCUAUUUUUCGCCAAAAACCCACCCUCCGUGAAUGAACAAAAAAUUUUAAUAGAAAAAAAUUUUUUAUGAAAAAAAAAAUUGAUAUAUAAGUGAUAAUUAGUAUAAUGAAAUCUCGAGCUAAUUCUGUUUAAUUUUAAACAAAUUGCAUUUUAAAACAUAAAAUUUAUAAAUUAAAUUAAUAUUUGCUUUUCAAUUUUUGCAAAUUAGGAUUUUUUUUAAAAUUUCGAAAAAAAAAUUUGUUAAUAAAAUUUAUAUAAAUUUUUUAAAAAAAACGUGAGUGAACAAAAUUUUUUGGUUCACUCACGGAGGGGGGAGAGAGUUAUUGAAAAAAUAAUUUCAAUUUAAAAUUUAUUAACCAAAAAAAUGGAAAAUAUUUUGUUUCAAACAAAGGGGGAGUCAGGAGAUUCUUAAAUUUAUGUAUAAGCAGAUUUCUAGUUCUGAAUACUUUAAAACUUUUGCUUACAGUGUGCUGCUCCCUUUACAUAAAGUCCAAACAGUCAUUUUAUUCCAUAAAUUCUUAAUGAAAUGUUGUAGAAAAUAUCAAAGAAUUCAUAAGAUUAAGAUUUUGCACAGCCAGAAGCGGACCUCACGAUCCUGACUCCGGAAAGGUGUCCUUCACUGGGUGCGUAAACAUCAGAGUGCAAAUUGUUAAAGGCCCAACCAAAAUUCAACCCUCUUGAAUUUUCUGGAGAAACUCACCUAGCCUACCCUAGAUUAUAGAUACCCACAGUAAGGUAUCCCAAUAGUCUUAAUAGACGAAGACGAUGCUAGAGGCAAUACCUGUCUAGCCCUUCUCACAAGGACAGGAAAACCUUUGGGGUAGAAAAACCCUUUCCUUUCGGCAAGAAUUCCCAAAACCUGAAGACCUACUUCAAAAAGGGAGAGAUCCUCUAAUUUUCAGCUUCAUCAAUAUGAAUCCGAUCUCCUCCAUAGUAAGUAUACCUCGGAAACCCAAUUUCCUUUAACGUCCCCAUUUUAUUCUAAAGAAUUCAUAAUGAAUUUGCAAAUUCAUGAGUUGAAGCAAUAGUUAGAUACUGACCAUAUGGAAACUCAAGCAAAGAAUUGCUAUUUCUCAACGAAUUAGAUGAAGCCUUAAAAUUGGGAAAAGAAAUAAUUUCUAUAAACAUUUGAGAAUUAGCUAUUCAAAAGUUAUCGAAUGAAAUACCAAAUAUUCAUAAAAAGGUUUCCAGCCUUGCAGUCUCCAUAUUAAGUAGUGAUCUGUUAAGAUCAAUUGUUCGUAGAAACAGCCCACUUAUCGUACUUAAAUCAAUUCGAAAAGCUGAAAAUUUAAAAGGGAGUCGUAUUUGAGAUAUGCCAAUAAGCUUUUUAAGGUGCAAAGCGGUUGAGAGCUUUGCUCAAGAAUACUUAAAGGUAUAUUUUAAAGAUAUUAAAAGUUAUGUAUUAGUAAGUUCAUUAGCUCGGAUGCAUGAUGUGCCGUCAAGAGAAAAACCUGAAGCGAUAUGAGAUGUUUUACUAAAUGAAGCCAAAAAAAUCAACCCCAACUUCAAAAAUCCCAAAAUACCUUAUCAAAGCAAGCAUGUGUCUGGUUUAGCAAAUAUGAAUGAUGCUAUCCUUAGCUCCGGGAAUCUCAUUCCAGCAAUAUUUCUUUAUUAA